GCUACAACAAGUGACAUCAAGUGCGAAUCCGCAUACAGUAUCCGCGGUUCAGAUACACAAUCAUGCGUGUGCGAGCACUGGGGAGAUAACUCAGUCUCAGUGCAGUCCCGAAGAAAAGAAAAGGUCGUCUUUUCAGUGUCAGUUCGUGUACACUGUCCAACCUCCACUGCUCCAGUGCAGAGCUCCCUAUAUCCGCACCAUUCCAAAGCAGUUGCAAGGCCGCCACGUGUCGUUCUUGUUUCUCCAGCUAGCUAUCCCUAGGCCCUGUCAGCUAGCUGCUAGCUGCUAGCAAACAAAACUGCACUAGUAGAUCUACUAGUACUGAGUACUGUGCGUUCGAUGGUAGACCUUCACAUGUAGUGGAUCUACGAGGUCAGCUGCUGCACAGGUCUAGCUACGUCUAUCCUCUCUCGACGCCAUUUUCAUCUCUUUUGCAAGAAGAUUGUUAUUUUUUUGCGUGCGGACGAUUUGACAGGUCAUACUGCCAUUACUGGUGCGGUGAGUCCGCGUGGCUUGAUGUCGUGAGUGGGAACGGCACGGACAGGAGCUUGUGGCUGUCACAGGAGUCGCUACUUCUGCCAUUCGGGGUAGACUGAAUUUUGGGCGUGCACGUACUGCUAAUGCAAUCUUUCACCAUGUAUCGGGCCACACUACCAACAGUUAGUUUCAAGCAAAUCCGAGAAGAUGGCGUCCGCUCGCAAUCAUCAUGAGGAGCGCUCUCUCCUAAAGAAUUCUGGGAACAGUUCAGAUUCCUCUAGCGACAUGGAGGAAGGUUUCGCUACCAGUGGAUCUGUGCAGCAGCCGGCAACUCGCCCGCGAGGUAGGCGAGCGGCCAACAAUUUGGAGCAAAAAAUCACGAUUCCAGAAGAUGAUAGAGAGCAGGUGUUCUCGUUUCGCAAGCUAUGGGCAUUCACAGGGCCCGGAUUUCUGAUGAGCAUCGCCUAUCUUGACCCAGGGAAUAUCGAGUCCGACAUGCAGUCUGGCGGUGCUGCCGGAUUUCACCUGCUAUGGUUGCUGUUCACUGCCACGUGCAUGGGUCUGUUGCUGCAGCGCCUAGCAGCAAGACUGGGUGUUACUAGCGGGCAACAUCUAGCAGAACUGUGCAGACAACAGUAUCCCCGUGUACCACGUAUUGUCCUCUGGCUCAUGAUCGAGCUGGCCAUUGUCGGAUCCGACAUGCAAGAAGUCAUCGGAACGGCCAUUGCCUAUUCGUUGCUUAGCAACGGCAAAAUCCCGUUGUAUGCAGGUGUGCUGAUCACCAUUGCCGAUACAUUCCUGUUCUUGUUUCUGGACAACUACGGUCUGCGCAAGUUGGAGGUAUUCUUCUGCACGCUGAUCACCAUCAUGGCGGUGACGUUUGGUUACGAGUAUAUUGUAGCAGCACCUAACCAGGCAGAGGUGAUGAAGGGCAUGGUCAUACCAUGGUGUUCGCACUGUGACAGCGCUGCUAUCCAGCAAGCCGUGGGCAUCAUCGGUGCCGUCAUCAUGCCGCAUAACUUCUACCUUCACUCCGCGCUGGUGCGCAGCCGUGACGUCGAUCGGUCGUCGGCCAAGAAAGUCAAGGAGGCCAACUUCUACUUCUUCAUCGAGUCGGCCAUCGCGCUCUUGGUGUCCUUUGUCAUCAACCUGUUUGUAGUGUGUGUGUUUGCUGAGACUUUCUUCAACGUACCAGCCAUGACAAUCAUCGAGGAAUACAACUGCACUGCCCUUGGCAAUGCUUCCAGCUUCAGCAACACUAGCUCCUUUGAUCUGGACUUGCGCAAGGGAGGGAUCUUCUUGGGUUGUCGUUUUGGCGAUGUAGCCAAGUACAUAUGGGCAGUAGGUAUACUGGCGGCCGGCCAGAGUUCUACCAUGACUGGUACGUAUGCUGGGCAGUUUGCCAUGGAAGGGUUUCUGAACAUCAGCUGGAGUCGCUGGAAGCGUGUGCUCCUGACCAGGUCUAUAGCAAUUGCACCGACAUUGUUCGUUGCCGUCUCGACGGGAAUCGACGAUCUCACUGGCUUGAACGACUGGCUGAAUGUCCUGCAAUCCAUUCUUCUACCGUUUGCCGUGCUCCCUGUACUGCACUUUGCCUCUAGCAAGGCUGUGAUGCGUGAGUUUAGAGCGGGUCUUCCUAUGCAGAUUGCCAUGUGGAUGAUGGCCAUCCUGGUGAUGGGAAUCAAUGUCUACUUUACGUUUAGCUUCCUGCAUGGCCUGUAUGGCACGCUUCCGUCAACCGGUGCACGUGUCGGGGUCAUCAUGGGCGUGGGUAUUUUCUUUGCCAUCUACACUGGUUUAGUAGUGUACCUAGUGCUGUCUAUAAUUUCACUCAAGUCGCCACGUCUGCAAGACAGGCUUGGCCAGACGACCGAUAUGUAUGAAGUCCUGCACGGCUUCUUGGGAUUGUCCGAUUCCGAGGACGGAGAGUCGGCGACAGAGCUGGUGCAGUCGGAUCGCGGAUCUGACGACUGACGGCACCGCGCGCCCUGUCAUUUGUUACGCUGCAGCACUGUGACGUGUUUGUAUCACGCUUUGCCGUGUGCGGUCCUAGUCUGGGAAGUGCUUAGCUGCCGAGUACUUGGUAUGCUGAGCUGGUUUCCAGGCUGCAUGAGAUCAAAGUUAUUCUGUGUGAUAAUUGCAAGUUAAUUUAUUUUCUCCUUCGACUGACAAUGCAUGUGUCCGAAGUAUGCUGACUGCAAUAUUUUCAAUUGCCUUUGCAGUAUAAUUCAUCCAUCUCUCCUUACUCUUCUUCUCCGUGCGCUCUCACUUUAUUAGUAUAAUUGAUGUUCAGUUUGGUCAAUUAGGGUUCUGAAUACAAGACAUCGGAAUCCCACGCUAGCAUUUUUGAACUUCACCAAUCCGGAUAUGUGGAAGGUGGAAUAUUUUGAUUUUCUUACCCUGAUAAUCAUGAUGUUGCCAUUAUUAUUAAUUUUGUUUGGCUUUUUUACAUGGUACAUGCUCACUGAACUUGGUAUCCAAUUCUUGUUGUUGCAUGUGUUGUUGCAGUCCAAGAUGGUAAUAGGGAAUGGCGUCAUGCCUGUAACCAGUGUUUUUAAGAGCUUUGUAGUUCAAUUCAUGCUAAGAAGAGUAUUAUGCUCGUAUGUACUCUUGAUACCCUUUUCUAUUCCCUCAACUACUGAGUACUCUUGAUAAUUAAUGAUUUUUAACACACUCUAGUGCAUUGAUUUAUACAUGUACUUUGAAGCUAUCAUCGAGUUUAGAUUUUGCUAUUCGAGGAUUCAGUUAUUUGCAUUAUGUUUUGGAUUUCGACAAGCCAGUCGGCUAGUGGUGCUUUGAAGCAGAAUGAAUUAUUAUGUUGUA